GCUCGGGGCCAGUCACCUGCCUCCGCCCAGGGGGCAGGACCUCCCCACCAGAUUGCGGGCUCUCUGAUCACCGGGAUGGGCCUACAUCUCUCCCCUGCAGCGGCUGCUUCCACGCAGGACUGGAGCAUGUCAGGGUUCGGGGCUGCUGUCCUAGGGUAGUGGCUGCGGCCUGCAGGUCAGAGGCCCCCGACUUCUUUUGCUAACCCCCUUCCCUGCCUGUCCUGUCCACCCCUUUCUCUCCAUCACCUGCCCCUGCCAUGAACCAUGAACCAUGAACCAGUGACCCUAUCCACACCUGUCUGACCAGGCUCCCCACGUGCCCUGACGUAGCCCCGUAGGCUGGGUCCACAGCUGACAUCCCUUCCUGGGGAAUUCCCGACCCGCCAGCCAUUGUUCUUAAGACACCCCAGCGUCUCGACCUCCCUCUAUCUGCAGCCUCUGUGGGCCGGGCCUCCACUAGGACCCCCUGAGACAUGUCAGGCUCCUCACGAGCUCUGUCUUGUGUGGCCAUGCCCAGGGCCCCAGGAGGUAGAAGACCAGCGGGCAUCUCAUGGAGGAGGAAAAAGGGCCCGGAGAGGGACCUCCACUCCGGCUCAGCAAGGGAGUCCCACCCAGUUCCCAGCAUCCUCGUUGAGGCCCCUCCUCCACGGUGCACAAGGCAUGUGAUGUCAAUCAGCUUACAUCAUCUUGACGGGAGCCCUGUGAGGCGGACACUGUCGUCAGUCCAGCUUCACAAGCGGAGAGACUGAGAUACAGAGCGGUCAACGUGCAGAGCCCAGAAUCUGCUCCCUGGUAGCUGACUUGGGAGACAGAGGCCCCCCGCACCUCGCGAACCCCAGCAGUGGCCCCUGCCAGAUGCCACGUCCAGCUACCGCGCGCUUACACCUGCAGGGCCCCACAAGAGGCCUCCCAGUGUACGCGGGCCUCUUGAAGAGGUAACCUCAACUCAGAGGUCCGAAUGAUCCGAAUGACCCAAACUCGGCUCUGGGAGGCUGGGGACGGCCCUCCAGGCCAAGGUGGGAGCGCGCAGGGCUCAGCGGGGCCCAAGAGCAGGGCUGAGGGCUCUGGGUCCUGAGCCAUCCACUGAAGGACGCUGGGGGACAGCAAGGCCCGAAGCAGGAGGAGAGAAGGGAGCGGAUUCCCGGGCCUCCUGGGCCCCGGUCGCUCCAGGCUGUCUGGGCUCCGGGAGGGGCGUGCCCGGGCCUCCCGAGCGGGUUAUAGUGGGACCACGAGUCUCUGCCGGCGGCGGGUCAGGACUACACUUCCCAGGAGGCUGUGCGCGCCGCGUGGCGCCUGGGAGUUGUGGUCCAGAGCUCGGCGGGCGCGGGCGCGGCGGGCGGGCGCGUGGACUACGCAUCCUAGGGUGCCGCGCGCGGCCGCGGGGCCGAGGGUUUGAACCGAGGAUCCGCCGUCCGCGGCGGGGCUGCGUCGGCUGCGGCGGGUGCGGGAGGUGGCCACGACCGGGGCCGGGGUCCCAGCCCGGCUGCGGAGGCGGGCGCGACGGGUGCGGGGGUCGCAGCUCCUGAGGCGAUGAUGGGCAAGGAGGAGGAGAUUACGCGGAUCGCCCGGAGGCUGGACAAGAUGGUGACCAAGAAGAGCGCGGUGAGGGGCGCGGGCCGCCAGGACCCCGGGAACCCCGCCCCGCCGAGACCCCGUCGAGCCCGCCGACCCCGUUAGGGCCGGAAGACGACCUGAGGGGCAGGACGAGACCCCUCCCCGGCAGAGACUUCCGGGACGCAGGGGAGACCCCCACCCGUGGCCGAGACCCCUGCCCCGAGCCAGCCCUGCCGUUCACCCCCGCAACCCCGGCAGAGGCCGCGAUCGGGCCUGGACCUUGUCCCGCGAGAGCCACCCGCUCUGGACUCAGAACCCCCUCGCCCGCAGUCACAGGCUCCGCACCCUUCUCUGUCCCUUAACUCCAGACCCCCAGCCUGGCCCGUCGACUCCUUCCUUGGCCCCGUCCCGCCUCUGGUAGUCCCCGGGGUGUUCGGGCCUCUUUUGCGGCCGCCCCAGCCCCUUGCCUUCCUCCAUCCCGGCCUGGGCAUCCUCACGGGCCGAGCCCCGCCCCCAACUCAGCCCUCUCCCACGCUCCGUCUCUUAGAGCAUUUGUCACGCUCCGUCUCCCAUAGCAUUUGUCGCCAGCAACAGUUUGGAGUCUGAGGUUGGAUCCCUUUUUCUUCUGGAGCUGCCGUGCCUCCCCUGCCUCUUCCUGGCCCUUGUCAUCCUCCUUCACGGCCAGCCAGAUACCUGGCUUGCCUGUGGGUCCCAUUCUCUUCCCUGUCUGUCCCCACCCCGCAAGAACCAGGUUUCUCUAAUAAAUUCUCUCCCUUCUUUAGCCAGGACUUAGCCCGCAGUAACUUGGGUUGUGGGUAGUUACGUGGACACCCUCUGAAAAGAGCCGGUGUGCUUAUAUAAGACCCGGGAGAUGGGGCAAGCCUCCUCUGGGAGUGUCUGGGCGCCGGAGCCUCUGGCCAGCUCUGUUCACUGCGGCCUGGGCCUCUGUUGUCUUGCGGCCACAGCCAUACUUUGGAGGAGGCUGUGUGUAAGGCCUUUGAAGGGGCCAGGCCAGUGGGGGUCCAGUUCCGGAGUCAUGACCUUGGCAAGCUCUGCACCCUCGCACAGAAGCAUCUUUAGAUGAUGCUGCCUGCCCCCUGGGGGACGGGGAGGGGUCUGGCCGUAGGUCAUGUGGAACUCCUGGCAGGCUCCAUAAACGUGACCUGCGCUUUCCCAUCCAGACUGUGAACUCCUGGGGCAGGGCCAGCUGUGUGUCUGCCAGGCCAGCCCAGGGCGGCGAAGGUGGCUGAGUCAUAGGCUUUGGGUGAUUUGUGCAGCCACCCCAGAGCUGUGUGACUGCAGUAGGGGUUUGGGGGAUGCUUUUUGGGCUGAGCAGGGUUGAGUCUGGGUUCCUGUGACCGGGGUUCUGGACUGGGGUCUGCACUGGGAAGGGGUGGGCUCCCACUCAUUCCUGCGGGGUGCAGCACCUCAUCAUUGCGUUCACACACACCCCUGGAAAACUGGUCAGCACAAAGCAGGGGUCUGUGAACCAUCCAUAGCUGUUUCCAGAGAUGACCUGAGAAUGGAGUUGUAUCCCUUCUUAAAGGAGACAAAACACAAACGAUAAAAACUGUAGGUGGGAAAAGCAAAGGUGGGUCAUGGAGCUAGGGGAGGGCUGGGUGGGGCUAGGCAGAACUGAUGGGGGGUUUCUGGUGGAAGAACAGCUUGAGUAGAAGCCCCAGGGGAGAAUGAGGAGGGGAGGAGGGCACUGUGCAGUGGGGCUCCUGGGGGUCCCAUUGCCUGAGGUCCCCUUGGGGACUUGGGGGCCAGGUUUGGGGGAUUUUAUACCUCUGGUCCUGAGCCCACUGAGAGCCAGGUAAGCUGGUGCAGGGCUUUCAGGGAACCAGUGCCCUUGGCUCUGGCUAUCGCCUCAAGGCUGGACUCUGUACAGCCCAAGGGGCAGGGCCUGCCUGGGAGGGUUUAGAAGGGGCUGCGGCGUGAGCAGACAUGCCCUCCAGAUUGCUGGGGUUGUGCGGGGUCUGGGUCGUGGGACAUCUGAUCAGGUCACCUUAGGGCAGAGGGAAUGAUGCACACGUGGAAACACAUGCACGUGUUACAGGGGAGGUGGGGGCGUUGCAGGGCGUAGUUGCAGUUUUAAAUAGGAGAGGCUUUGCUGAGAAGGUGUUGUUUAAAUAAAGCCCGGGAGGGACGGAGGAAGAUGUCCUGGGAGGCUGCCCCAGGCAGUGGAGCUGCAGGUGCAGAGGGCCUCAGUGGUGGCUCAGGGCCCUUGGGGAGCACGGAGGAGCUGUACCUGGUGUGGAAAUGUGGCCGGUUUGUGCCUGGCCUCAUCAGUGUGUGAGGACCUGGAGGAAACGCAGAUCUUGGGUGGGGAGACAAGGCAGAGAGAACGGGGUGCGUUUCAACUGUCCAGGCGAGGGGUGCUCGCCUGCUUGGGGGCAACUCAGAGGCCUGGAGGAUAGAUGAGGGGCUGUGGGUCUGUAGGUGUUGGCUGUGGCCGUGCCUGAGAGUUUGGCCUCCUUCACAGCCGGUGGGGGGUGCGUGCUUUGGGGAGAGGCUGCCCUGCACAUCAGGGCAUGAAUGCACAGGGAAGUGAAUGAACCUGGGGCUGCACUUUCACCUGGGUGUGGCCCUGGCUGCUGGGGAGGGGCCAUGGCUCUGAAGCCUCCUGAUUUGCCAGGGGAGCUGGCAUUUCUGUUCUGGUUUGGGUCAGUGACCUGAGCUGGUUACAGUGAAGUCAGUGAGGUCAUUGCACGAAUGUGGGUUACAACCUGGAAUGCUUGAGGCUGCAAAUCCCCUCCCCUUCUUGACUGAGCAGUAAGGGCUCCCUGCUGUGCUGCAGGAACAGCCCUGGGUGUCUCCAGGAGGGAGCCAUGGAUCUGCUGCGGGAGCUGAAGGCCAUGCCUAUCACGCUGCACCUGCUCCAGUCCACCCGAGUCGGGAUGUCUGUCAACGCCCUUCGGAAGCAGAGCUCCGACGAGGAGGUCAUUGCACUGGCCAAGUCCCUCAUCAAGUCCUGGAAGAAGCUCCUGGAUGCUUCAGAUGCCAAAGCCAGGGAGCGGGGGAGGGGCACGCCUCUGCCCACGUCCUCGAGGGAUGCCUCACAGGCCCCAGAUCCCAGCCGCAAGAGGCCGGAGCUGCCCAGGGCACCGUCGACUCCAAGGAUCACCACAUUUCCUCCGGUGCCUGUCACCUGUGAUGCCGUACGCAACAAGUGCCGUGAGAUGCUGACUGCUGCCCUGCAGACGGCCCACGACCACGUGGCCAUCGGUGCGGACUGCCAGCGCCUGUCGGCUCAGAUCGAGGAAUGCAUCUUCCGGGACGUUGGAAACACAGACAUGAAGUAUAAGAACCGUGUACGGAGUCGUAUUUCCAACCUGAAGGAUGCCAAGAACCCUGACCUGCGGCGGAAUGUGCUGUGUGGGGCCAUAACACCCCAGCAGAUUGCCGUGAUGACCUCAGAGGAGAUGGCCAGUGAUGAGCUGAAGGAGAUCCGUAAGGCCAUGACCAAGGAGGCCAUCCGAGAGCACCAGAUGGCCCGUACUGGCGGCACGCAGACAGACCUGUUCACCUGCGGCAAGUGCAGAAAGAAGAACUGCACCUACACGCAGGUGCAGACCCGCAGCUCUGACGAACCCAUGACCACCUUUGUUGUCUGCAAUGAGUGUGGAAACCGCUGGAAGGUGAGUGAGCAGGCUCAGGCUGCCCCUUCCAGCUCCAUUCUCUGGAGGUGGGGUGUCUCAGCCUCUGUGGGAUCUGUGGUGUGAACUGGGGAUGGCCCUGCCCAGCCAGCCUCCUGGGAGUCUUGGGCAUGGUGGGUGGAGACUCCAGCCUUGGGUGAGCCUGUGCGGCCUUCUCCUCUGGGGAGUCUCAUGUGGCCACAAGGCUGGAGGCCUCACCCCCUUUUCCGCAGUUCUGCUGAGCCCUCGUGUAGAUGUGCUGCAGCCUUGGGCCGUGGCCAGUGCUGGCCCCCCCGCCCACGUCCUCCGUUGAUACAGCUUCUCUGGAGACCCUAGAAGGCGGCAUGUCCUGCCCUCAGCCUGCCUGCCUGGAUUGCACCUUUCUGCCCUUUCGCCCUCGUUAUUAAAUGUUUCUUUUUGCCA